UUUUUUUUCGAAAGUGGGUACGCUAGCUUCUUAUUCCAGAAUGACCAUGAAACAGCUCAACCAACUACAAGCCACGAUGACCCAGACUUGGUCAUGCGUUCUGCAGCUGGUCUGGGCGAGUUCCAGCCACCGUCCGGAUCGGUUACUCCUGGUGAACUGCAGCUGGGCAAAAAGAAACAGAAGAAGGAGAAUCUAGAGAAUUUCGAAGUCACAGGAUUCGAGGCUGAAGGGAUGGAGCUUGCCCGGAGAAAUCAUUUUAUCUACUAUCCUCGUGAGCUGCGACUGAGAUGUUACGAUCGUGGAGUACUGUCAGAUUUUCCACCUCCAGUCAAAGACGACAGUGGCAUACCAAGUUGGUGGCUUCUUGAUGGAGGCUCACUGGUGCCGGUGCUAGCUCUUGGCUUGGAAAAAGGUGAUUCAUUGUUAGAUGUUUGCGCUGCACCUGGAGGGAAAAGCUUGUUGGCUUUGCUAACAAAAUUGCCGGGUAAAAUGGUUUGCAACGACUUCAAACUAGCGAGGUUGGGGCAGCUGAAAAGAGCAUUAUCCAUAUAUGUUCCCUCGAAUGCUCCAGAAGCAGACGCAGUGAUAUUGAAAAGAAAGGAUGCCAGCAAUUUGGCUACUUGGGAUGAGCUGAACACAUAUGACAAGGUGAUCGCUGAUGUCCCAUGUUCAACGGACCGCUUAGCCCUCAAUCAAGACGAAGGCAAUAUGUAUUCGCCUCAAAUGACCAACGAGAGAUUGAACCUUCCACAACUGCAGACGAAGAUUUUGAUGUGA